UAAGACGUGUUCAACCAAACCUUUAAGGUGAUCUAUCUCCCUUUACACAAGGCAAGCCAAGACAGUGUUAGUGAUGUUGUCAUUAAACCCUCGUGAAACACUGCUUCGAUUACCCACAUACACGUACUUUGUUAAACAAAAACACCAUGCAUAACAUAAAUACAUUCACAUCUAUUCUUCAUUAUAAAAACAUCAAUCAUAAAUACAUCUAUUGCUCACGUCUAGUUGCAGAACUAUGGAUGAAGAGCAAACUGGGGCAUCAAACAAUUACAUGGAAGAAGAAGCAGCAGAUACAGAACAGGGAGAUUCCGAAAACAACUCACUGCACACCCCGCUGCUUAAGAGAAACGGAAACCUCACUCUUUCUUCCACUCCACUUGCCACGGUGGGAGCCAAGGUUUCUCAUAUUGAAAGCCUGGAUUAUGAAAUAAAUGAGAAUGAUCUCUUCAAGCAAGACUGGAGAAGCAGAUCCAAAGCGCAAGUUCUGCAGUAUAUUUUUCUCAAGUGGACACUGGCUUUCCUGGUUGGCCUUUUAACCGGCGUUAUUGCGGCUCUCAUCAAUCUUGCCAUUGAGAAUAUUGCAGGCUACAAGCUUCUUGCUGUGGCUAACUACAUUGACAAACAAAAUUAUGUGGAGGGAUUCGUUUAUUUCACAACAGUCAAUCUUCUAUUGACACUACUGGCCUCUGCUCUUUGCGUAUUUUUUGCGCCUACAGCAGCUGGCCCUGGUAUUCCUGAGAUCAAAGCGUAUCUUAAUGGCGUCGACACACCACACAUGUUUGGCACUACAACACUUAUGGUGAAGAUAGUUGGAAGCAUUGCAGCUGUCUCUGCAGGCUUAGAUUUAGGCAAAGAAGGGCCAUUGGUCCAUAUUGGGAGCUGUAUCGCUUCGUUGUUAGGCCAGGGUGGACCAGACAAUCAUCGUAUCAAAUGGCGCUGGCUCCGUUACUUCAACAACGAUCGUGAUCGACGAGAUCUCAUUACAUGUGGUUCCUCUUCUGGAGUAUGUGCUGCUUUUCGUUCGCCAGUAGGUGGGGUCCUUUUUGCGCUUGAAGAGGUGGCAACAUGGUGGAGAAGUGCUCUACUUUGGAGGACCUUCUUCAGUACAGCAGUUGUGGUGGUGGUGUUAAGGCUUUCCAUGGAAUAUUGUAAAAAUGGAAACUGUGGCCUUUUUGGGCAGGGAGGACUAAUUCUGUUUGAUGUUAGUGAUGUCAGUGUGCGGUAUCAUGUCGUGGACAUCAUCCCAGUGGCAGUGAUUGGAGUUAUCGGAGGAGUUCUAGGAAGCCUUUACAAUCACCUUCUCCACAAAAUUCUCAGGAUCUACAAUCUCAUCAAUGAGAAGGGAAAAUUACACAAGCUCCUACUCAGUCUUACAGUAUCUUUGUUCACUUCAGCAUGCCUAUAUGGACUGCCUUUCCUUGCCAGUUGCACACCUUGUGAUCCCUCACUUCAGGAAGCUUGCCCAACCACAGGACGGGUAGGGAACUUCAAGCAGUUCAACUGCCCAAGUGGUCACUACAAUGACCUAGCCACCCUACUGCAUACGACCAAUGAUGAUGCUGUACGAAACAUUUUUUCCACAAACACUGCUACAGAAUUCCAAUAUUUCUCACUUAUCAUCUUUUUUGCUUUAUACUGCAUCUUGGGACUCUUUACCUUUGGCAUUGCUGUCCCGUCAGGUCUUUUCCUCCCAAUUAUCCUUAUGGGAUCAGCAUAUGGCAGAAUGCUUGGUACAAUAUUGGGAGAUUACACAAAAAUUGACCAGGGACUGUAUGCUGUUCUAGGAGCAGCCUCCCUCAUGGCUGGAUCAAUGAGAAUGACAGUUUCCCUUUGUGUCAUAUUUCUUGAACUGACCAAUAACCUUCUCCUGCUACCAAUAACGAUGCUUGUCCUCCUAAUUGCCAAAACCGUUGGAGAUUGCUUUAAUCCCAGCAUUUAUGAGAUUAUACUAGAUUUAAAAGGACUACCUUUCUUGGAUGCUCAUCCUGAACCGUGGAUGAGAAAUAUCACAGUUGGCGAACUAGCUGAUGUCAAGCCACCAGUUGUAACCCUACGUGGGAUUGAGAAAGUGGGACGCAUUGUAGAGGUCCUGCGCAACACCACCCACAAUGGAUUCCCUGUUGUAGAUGACAGGGAGGUGCCACUUGGCCAUCUGCCUACUGGGGAAAGGGAACUGCAUGGCCUUAUUUUAAGAGCUCACCUCCUUUUAGUUUUAAACAAGAAAUGGUUCCUGCAAGUGAGAAGGAGAACAAAGGAAUGGGAAGUUAGAGAGAAAUUUACGUCAGUUGAUCUGGCUGAAAGGCUAGUCAAGAUUGAGGAGGUGGCUGUGACAAAGGACGACAUGGAGAUGUAUGUUGAUCUGCAUCCUCUCACAAAUACAACAGCUUACACGGUCGUGGAGACCAUGUCAGUUGCCAAGGCUCUGGUGCUCUUUAGGGAGGUAGGCCUCCGACAUAUGCUCGUCCUGCCCAAGUUUCAAGGCUCUGGGGUGUCACCGGUGGUUGGGAUAUUGACCAGGCAAGAUCUGAGGGCUCACAACAUUCUGAGUGUUUUUCCUCAUCUUGAAAAAGCCAAGGCAAUGAAAGAAGGAAAUUGAUAUCAACAGAGCAACUUUCUGAAGAUCACAUUCAUUCAUAUAUGUUAUUCUUUUACAACUGUUUCAUCGGGUCUGAGAAGAUGCAAAUUACCACACACACGUUAUUUCUUUCAAUAAAGAUGUUGGAUUGUUUACA